UUAUAAAGAACAAAUACAGAAACAAUACACUGAGCUCCUCGCCGAGCUAUUCGCUGCUUCUAAGCUCCAUUGCGACGUUGAAGCGAUGACGCAGUGCGGCUCAGGUUUAUUAUUUUUUAAAGUUUGCUUAUCCAAUUUUUCUCUUUCCAUUCGACUUUGGCCUUCUUAUCCCCUCUGCUCUCCCAUAAUACAGCAGGACUUUAUCGAAGCAGAACACACGAUGGAUCCCAACGAGGCCCUGAUCAAUGACACCGACAUAGCAGAGAACGAGGACGAGGCCUAUCUGGACCCAUCCGCUGCGUUCGACGUGGUCGAGGACGACGCAAACGACGACGGCGAUGCGCCAAUGUCAGACAUCGAAGACGACGACGAGGACGACGCCGGUGAAGGUGGUGCGGACGACGGACCGGGCGAGAUCAUCGACGAAAUAGACAUGUCGAAUAACUCGACCACCUACUUUGACAAGCACACGGACUCGAUCUUCAUGGUCGGCGUUCACCCAAAACUGCCGCUCGUCGUAACCGGCGGCGGCGACGAUCUAGGAUACAUCUGGACUUCGCACUCCGUCCCUCCCAAGCUCGUCACCACCCUAACAGGACACACCGACUCUCUUAUCGCUGGAGGAUUUUCCGCCGAUGGCGAGUGGCUCGUCACCGGCGGCAUGGACGGCCGAGUGCGCGUGUGGCGGGCGCGGGCGCGGGGGCAGAAGUGGGAGUUUUGGGACGCUGUCGAGGAGGUCGAGGAAGUCACCUGGGUGUCGUUCCAUGCUACACUGCCAAUUUUCGCGUUUGGCGCCAACGACGGCUCCGCAUGGGUGUACUCGCUGUCGCCGAAACUCGAGCUUCUGUGUACGCUGUACGGACAUAGCAGCGUUUGCACUGCGGGCGUGUUUGUGCCGCCCGCGCAGGCGCCGGCCGAGGGCGACGAGGAAGAGAUCAACCUCAUCACGGUUGGCGACGACGGCGUCUUGAUCUCAUGGAGCGUGCCGUCGGCUGUACAAAACUACAAAAUCACACCGGUGCAGUUCCACUACGAGGCGCAGUGGAUUAAUCUGAGUCUGCAUCCGUCGGGCACGUCUGUCGCCGUCGGCUCGGCGGACGGCAAGGUCGCGAUCGUGGGCACGCGGACAGGGUCUGUGAUUGCGACCGUGGAUGUCUUGGGAGCGACGGGAAAGAACGAUCUGUCGGAGCCCGAUCAGUCGGUCGAGGGCAUGGCAUGGUGCGAGUCAGUCGGUAUCCUUGCCGUCGGCCUCGUCGCCGGCGUGAUCUGUCUUUUUGACACGGGAUCGUGGCGCGUGCGACGGACGCUCGAGGUCGGCGAUGCAGUCACGCGGAUCGAGUUUGUCCCAAACUCGUCGGUCCUCGUCAGCUCGUCGAUGGAUGGAUAUCUGCGACGAUGGGACUGCCGGACAGGCGAGGAACUGUGGAAGGGAACGGGUCACUCGAGUGGAAUUUUGGGCUUUGCGCUGGCUGAUGGCGGAAACACCAUCGUCACCGCCUCGGACGAGGGCGUCUCGCUGGUUUACAAAUAGAUACAUAUGUAAGUAAUACAAUAAUCAAUCCACAUCAGUACACUCAAUAGCAAAGGGCAAGAGUUCUUCACGCCAAGCUCCAGCUCAAUUAGGAGCAAGUUUUCCGAAGCCCCCGUUUUACCCAGCCGUGCGCUUGGCAGAUCCCUUUCUCAAAACAAUCUACAAAAGAAU